AUGCCCGUCCGUAUCCCCGCAGCCCGCUCAACAGAGCUCCUCACCUUCGCCGGCGCGGGCGCCUUCGUCCUGACCCCGCUGUACAUGCUCAUGCCGGGCGCCACGGAGCGCAUGGCCACCCAGACGGCCCGCUGGGCGCCCCGCUGGGAGCGCAACAUCGGCUACUUCGCCGCCCCCGUCGAGCGCACCACCCAGCGCAUCGCUGUCCCCGUCGAGCGCACCGUCAAGCGCAUCGACAACCGCCUGCCCCUCGGCCCUGUCGCCCGGGGCGUCGACAGCCGCAUCAGGCGCGGCAUCGACCGCGCCGGCGGCAUGGUCGGCUGGACCCCUCCCCGACGGGCCUGA